AUGGCUUCAACCUCUCCUCUCGGAAUCAUUGAAGAGGAUGAUGAAUUUGACUGGGAAGCAGCUGUGGAAGAGAUCGACGUGGCUUGUCAAACCACCACUGAGCCCUCAACUCAGCACCUAAUUGAUACCCAUCAGCUGUCUAUUAAAACCCUUUAUUCUAAUACCCAUGAAAAACCGAAAUCUUCUCGGCAAACCACUAUCGAUAAAUUUAUUGGAUGUGAAGGCUCGAGUUCGAUACCUCAACCAGGAAAUUGGAAUGUAAGGAAUGAUAAUGAAGAGAACGUUGAUGGUGAUGAAAUGGUCAGAUGCGAUAAGACUGACGCUGGGGCAGCCAAUGUUAAUAUUGAUGCUGAGGCAGCGAAAAUAUGGAUUUACCCAGGUUUUAUAUAA